AUGCUCUUGACCCUUCUAUGGCUACCAGCAAUCCCCGUGACGUGUGCUCUGUCCUCCUUCCAGUGCUAUUCAUGUGGUGUAUUUCUGAAUGCUCCUACAGCCCACUGCAAAGGUGAACCAAAAAAGAUUAACUGUACCAAUACGGCAUCAUUUAAUGGUUGUGUUUCAAUUACUGCAUUGAAUAAGGAUGGUUCAUAUUAUGUAGAAAAACGGUGCGCAGAUAGUGAGGAGAGAAUGCUGAAAGAUGGCGAAUGCUUGAAAAUGAAAGUUUGGAAGUAA